AUGCACACAAAUCAAUCCGAGGAAGAGUCUCGGCCAGGAAUUUUAAGACAUCAGAACGUGUCUCAACCAUACCAGCAUACGCCCGAACGAGGUCCAACCAAGGCUCCAACCUCGGGCAGUUCCGUAAUCCCAGGAGCGUCGAGUCCGGCCAAAGGGCAUGGCCCUUCCCGUUCGAUACCAGGAAGGUGGAAUUCUGUUGAUUUUGCAGAUGUGGCUACCAUUAAUUGCGAUGCAGCCGACGUGCGCCAAACCUCGGUGGAGGUUGUCGACAACCUAACAGCCACGCAGAAUGAACUGGACCAUAGUACUAGCUUUUGGUCAACACCAAGUAUUAUGCAGAGCGGCCCAGGGCCUUCUCAAUAUACUUUAGUUCACAACGGUGGCGAUCAACUAGUGGAUGAGAAUUACAUUGCAUUUCCCGAACCUCACAUUCCUCAGGUCGAGGUUACUUCAGAAUCUCAUUUUGAUUCUCAGGAACAGCUUGGCCUGAAUUUUAUUUCACCGGACUUCAAUUCGGCUCCCAAAAGACAAUCCUUCCCCCCAAGUUCACCCGGGCGAGCCGCCGAAGAUAGUGGGGUCGCCAAUAACAAAGGUUUCUUAGCGAACUCUCCGUUACAGCCGGAUCCAGUAGAAAUACCCUUGCUUAAGGCGCCGGUCGUCAACAAUGACAAUUGUUCGCAGGAUCGCCUGUCCGUGUCGUCGAUGGGUGAUGCAUCGACCCAUUCACAAGGAAAGAAAGGAAUCAAGCAUUUCUGGGACUCGACCAAAUCGCGUUUAAAGUCGCAGCCCGCUACCCCUCCAAAAAGCAGAUCUGAAUCUCCCAAGGUCCCAUCGGGCCCACCCAGCAAGAUCCGCGCCUCUGUUGUUUUCCAGAAACAAGAAAAGAAACUAGAUGCGCUGGAUACAAAGCUCGAAUAUUUCCAAAAUGUUGAACUCCACUCCUCAACUACAUGGGGUGACAUUUGCAACGAACUUAUGCCUCUCCCUGCCUUUGGUCAAAUACUUAGCCAUCUCUAUAGGGUUUUUGGAGCAGUGGAUAACAUAAGGACCUAUCGUGGUCAAUGGCAAAGACUGCGUGGAAAUUGCGUUGUCAUAUCUAGGGUACUAGUCCACCAGUACGAACGCUACCAGACCGAGCCGGAAAAGCUCAAAUUGUUGGGCAAGGUGUGCGAGAAUCUGGAAAUCGCCAUUGCGGAGAUAUCUAUGACCGCUCGGAAAUGGAGCGAGAAGAAUCCUGUCGAAGCAUUUGUUACUUAUGAACGGAUGGAGAGAGCGUUAAACGAUCACUUCUUGGCUCUGAAUGACGUGCUUAAAAUGAUGGUGUCUACUUCUCAAGUGCUGAAUGAGACCUGGUCGAGUGAGAUCGCAAAGUCCCAAAAGGAAGAACGCCAGCAACUAGAGAUAAUAAGGGCACUUCUACAAGAACAGAACAGCUCUCUGGAUCAAUUAACCCAAGCGAUCCAGUCGAAAGAUGACUUGAUCACCAAACUGAUUGGAGAGAAUGAAGUGACUAUCGGGCGGGUUUUAGGCAAACAAAUGAUACGGUUUCAAAAAUCUCUGGAGGACGCUGAGGACACAGAUAAACUAAUACAAAUGAUUGUUGCAAUCACUGGGGUUGAGCCACCAACCGAAGUAUUUCAGACAGAACCAUGUACUAACGAGGCCAACGUAGACCCUAUUCAUGGUCACUCGAGCACAGUAUACAAGGCAACGCUUGCCCGAGGGCAAUCAGUUGCUAAGAAGGUGUUCUACUUGAACAAAUACUCGGAGGGAGAUGUUAAGACAUACGCAAUGAAAAUGACUCGAGAUGCCAAACAAUGGCGUGUGUUUGACUCCGAAUACACAUUGAAAUGCCUUGGAAUUGGGAUGGAAAAAUCCAACGAUACCCAAUUUAAACUGUAUAUGCUGUCGCCUUGGAUGGAGAAUAUGGAUGCAAUAAAUUACCUGAAAGAUCGACGCCAGAGUAUCGACCAACGCAACAUUUUGAGAAUAGUUGCCGACUCGGCCCUGGGGCUUGUCGAGAUCCAUCAGAAGAACUCGGUUCACUCCAAUAUGCGGGGUCAGAAUGUUUUUGUUCGAGCGAACGGAAGGGGAGUUCUUGGAGGUUUUGGACUUACUAAAGCUCUGAAAAACCAUUCGACCGGAAAGCUCCCAUCAGUCGAACAAACUGGACAAUCGCUACCCUAUAGAUGGAUGGCAUGUCUUUGA